AUGGAAAUAUAUGAAGAGAAAGAAAGAGAAAGAGAAAGUGUGAGAGAUAGACUCAGAGACAGACAUGUGAAGGUAAGUAAUGGUAUCAAAAAUUAUACGAACACCAGAAGUUUACUUUACGAGUUGUCACGUCAAAAACCAUCCGGACUGUUGGUGACUCAUGCGGAGGAACAAAAUCAAGCAAAUACUACGAGUUUUGGCCUAGUCAAAAAAAUUGUAAACAACACAACGGGGCCGAGUGAUCUGAAGUAUAAGUUAACCAACGAACUAGGAAAAUAUCAUGAUAAAUAUGAUGCAAUCAAACUCUUUAGCGGGCUUGUUCCACACCUCAAUGAAACAAAUCCAAAAAGCCAGCGAGAAAUGAAGAGACUAUCAAAGAAAAGACUACAAAUUAAGCAAGAUCCUUUAGUGGAGAGUUUUAAAACAAAGUUUUCCCAGUUUAUUGAUUGGUUUAAACUUUACCGCUACCAGUACAUAGUAGAUCAUCAUCAACAUCAUCAUCAUCAACUGCAACAACAACAACAACAACAACAACAACAACGCUUAUUGGAAAAGAACAAUUAUGCCAUUGGUAUUCAAAUUAGUAAAACACCCAGAAAUAAACAAGAGCAGACGGGAGUAGAAACUGGUGGGAGUGUCAAGAAAAAUUCAAUCAUUGCUUCCACUUUGAAAAGCAAAUACACCAGACCCGAGUAUCGUACAAAUACUCACAAGCAUUUGGAGAAAUCCUAUGUGGUGAGCAGUAUUGUUGAUAUUAACCCGUUUAUGUGCUAUGUUAACUUAACAAAAGUGAAUGGUGAUCAACAAGCAGACGUUCGAAAAGUUAUUUUGCUCAAGGUAUAUGAAUUGCAAUUAAAGGUAGGUGACUCAAUAUGGUGGAACGGGAUGACCGAAGGUCGAAGUUUACAUUCUAUGAAUUUGAGAGGUGAAGUAAUAGAAGUCGUUCAUAAAUGGGAAGUAAGCAAACAACUUUAG